GAAACAGGUUGGCUGCGCGUCACCAUCACCAUUUAUUUUGCUGUGCGUUGCUGUGUUGCUGAAGCUAGGAGGAAUAAGCCGCAGUACAUCUUACACGAGGAUCUGCUCCGGAGUAUCAGUCAUCAUACCCUUCUGCCCUGCGACCCUCUUGGCUGUCCUCAUUUAAUCCUCAUGCGCAGUCACUACGGCGUAUGCGGUGUUUUCAAACAUAGAAUCUACUAGCAAAUCACCCUAGUUUUUUGCCUGGACUCAAUUAUAUGCGUUCAUCUGAGUCUUGGCUACAAUCCUUUGCAUAUCACUUCACAUGACGACUUCAUGUCCAUUCAACUUAAUCCGAAUACAUAGGAUUUACGUCGUGGCUCUUCCAAUGACCUAGCUGCCUGAUCUUGGACCUGCUUUUGCUGCUAGUAAUUAUAGACUAUCACAACGCGUACUUUUGGUUUGUAUGGGGUUUCGUCUGGUGGUUUCUUAGAAUUUCUUUAGAUCUGUCGGAUUCUCGUCCUAGUGACCCAACACACACAGUAACACACUCGUCGCAUUAUGGUAGGCUUGGUUUACAGCAUAUUUAUCCUGCGUAUGGUUUAGUUUACACUGAAGCAAUGACGCCAUUUGUUCUGUAGAUGUUCCUAAAAGCGCUCAGACAGUACUCACGCUGAGCUUCUUCAAAUCUACCAUCAUGUCUGCAAACACAGAUUCUGGGAAACACUAUCACAAUGAAUGUACUGGGCUCGCUCUCGAGACAGCGCAGGUGCGGGCGAAGGAUCAGAGUAUAACUCUCUUUGGAAGCUGCUUUUGUCCGUUUGUCCAAAGAGUAUGGGUUGCAUUGGAGUUCCUCGAAGUUCCUUACAAAUAUCGUUAGCAAAAUAUUGACCAUAUGAUCUUUACUGUCUUAUUGACCGCAUAUCACCGUAGAUGAAGUGGACCCUUACAAGAAACCAAAAGAGCUCCUUGAUGUCUCGCCCAAAGGCUUAGUUCCGGCUCUGAAACUACAUGAUUACUCUCCUCCUCGGGCUUUGAACGAAAGUACUGUUAUCAUGGAAUAUAUCGAAGACCUUGCUUCAUCUUCGUCCAAACACCUGUUUCCCCCAUCCUCUGAUCCAUAUGCGCGCGCCUUAGUCCGUUUGCAAUCAGACCACAUCAAUCGUACUUUGAUUCCUGCGUUCUAUCGCUAUCUCCAGGCUCAGGACAAUACAGCUCAAAUUGAAGCGGGCAAAGAAUUUCAAUCUGCUUUAGAACACCUCACUGCUUUGUUCGAGCGUUCUGAGAAAGAGGUCGGAGGCACUGGGCUAUGGACAGAGGGCCGCGAUCUAGGAUGGGCGGAUGUUAUGGCCAGCCCUUGGGUAUUCAGAGCUUCUAACGUCCUGAAACAUUAUAGAGGAUUUGAAUUUCCUCCUGGUGAUAAGUUCCACUCAUGGUUGCACAGGCUAUUUGAGCAUCCGAGUUUCAAGAAAACAUGCAGUACUGAGCAGCUAUAUUUUGACAGUUACGAAAGGUACGCUUUCAACCGACCAAACACAAGUCAGGUCGCCAACGCAAUCAAUUCGGGAAGAGGAUUGCCUUGAUAAUGAGUUAUAUUGAAAACAUGCGCUCAUGGUGAUAUCCAAGCUUUCGUGUAAAAGCUUCUGUAUUUUUACGUGAAUCAAGAACUAUUAUCAAGU